UAUACGUAGCGAAGCACGUACCGGGCCGCUAGUUAAUUAUAAGUCAGUAAAUGCAAUAAUGACACGUUUCAAUUUACAUGAAAGUAGUAGUGGAACAACUUUGAAAAAUUUAAAGUCAGUGUAAGAAUGAGGUAGUACACGGCCAUAAACCUACAGCUUAAUUAAUUAGAAAAACAAAAGUGUCUUGUGUCUUGUCACUAAAAUAAUCUUUGUAACAUUGUACGUAAUAAAAUAUUUAAAUAUUAAAUAACAUUAUUGGUCUCCCAUAAAACUCCACAUCCAUCAGUCAGCAGUUUUGAAAAAUGUAAACCUGUACUAAUUAUGCUGCAGCAUGGAUCUAAAGAUCAUCUGAGGGUAAUGUUUCCAAUUACAGCACCUUGAUAUCGAAAAAUGUUUUUUUUUUCUAUUUUUUUUAUACAUUGUCUUAUUUUUUAAUCUUUAAAUCAUUAUCAUACUCAUAAUUAAUAGUAACUAAGAAUAAUAGUAAAAAUAUUAAACUACCUUAACUAUUAUGAAAUAACUAAAUUGAUCAAACAUCGACUACAAUUUUUGUUUUUUCAUCAUACAUCAAACCUCCAUAAUAUUAUUAAAACUUAUUAUUGUAUGACUUGUCUAAUAUUAACGCUGUCUCUUGUCAAUUUUCUUGUCAUUUUGUCGUAGAUGGUUUUUUUCAUCCUUAAAAAUUAUUUUAUAACGGUAUUUUUUGAUAAUAAUUCAAUUAUUUUUCAUAAUCAAAAUCAUGGCUAAAACAAGAGGGUAUAAGCAGCCUCUUGAACUAAAUGAAUUGCUGAUACAAAAUGUGAACACAUGGGGUAACGUUCAGUACAAUAUACCUUUGAGACUGUCCAGUAAUGAGACGAGAACUGGCACUAGCAUAGCACAUAGACAUAUACCAGCUAUUCCGCAUAGUUUGGACUGUAAAAUAGAUGACCCUCUUCCUGAGCGUGUUACUGGCCGGGACAUGGUAGUUCAAAAGGAAACGUACAGAACGACAAGCGGCGAGUACUGUGUGAAACCAAAUCCUAAUAAGGCGAUGGAAAGAUCUGACUGCAGCAUCAACUGCCGAAGGGUUAACUACAUGACUAGCGUCGAGAAACGGUUAUUGAGCAAGAAUAUAACACAGCCAACUAUGAUAUCAGAGAUGAAGGAUAAUUUCCGAGGACUACCAAGAAUGCCAACGGCACCUCCUGAAAUAACCGUCCAAACUCCAGACCCUGAAUACAUAUUUGAUGUAGUAGCUGCAGGUAGAAACGAAGUUCCAGCAAUAUCAGACAACUCAAAGGGAUUCUGUAAGCUACUUGACCCUUAUGUGUCCACCUACAGAAUUUACCAUAAGCCGUUCACCGUUGAAGACCAAUAUGGCAUAGGAGCGAAGGACCAAAUCACCUUUUACUCGGAAUUUGAUGUACCGAAGGCGCGUGGAUUUGGACCCCGUCAUAAAGAAAUUUGGAUGCCUUUAACAGCCAAAGUGCACAGAGGAGUAUACGAUAGAAUUCAUGUCAAAAAGGAGUAUAAAGAAGUCGCUGCUUGCCACAAUCCCGUCAACAACAUUAAAGGAGUAUUCGUGUCAGAAAUGAAGAAGAAGUACAAGAUACCGUUUGCAAGCUCGCCUCUUGCGUCUUGGUUCCACGGGGAGACCUUCGACCUGGCUCUUUACCCUCCAAACCCUUACCAGACGAAUAUAGCACCUUUUAUGUAUUGUAGUGACUAUUGCCACAUAUCUCAAGGGACACCACCUUAUACUGUCAUUGAUCAGAUUAACCAUGAUAUGCCUCCCCAUAAGGCCUGCCAGAAGAGAUACUUUGUGUCGCGAGAUUAUGAACAGUGACAAUUCAUAUUUUAAUAUAUAACAUUCUCGUGUCAAAAAAUGUCUUCAUUACUAGCAAUAUAUUGUAUCAGGUCGACAUCUACACGGUUUCCUCUGGCAACCAUCAUGAUAAAUUCUUGUGUAAUUUAUUACGAAAGGCUAACUGACCUGCAUUUUCUUCCUCGCCUAUAAUUUCUUACUGGUACCUCGCCAGCGUAAACUGAUAGCGCUGGUGGGAAUACCAUUCCAUUACUCUCACAAAAAAAAAUAGACAUGUAUAACACAAACGUAUCUGGCAUGUACCUUAUCAGACCAGAGGGAGAUUUUGUACAAAAGUCGAUUGCUUAGGUACCUCUGUCCCUUUCGUGUUUCAACCGUGAAGCAACUGUGAUUGCAUGGCUGUGUUUCGGUUUGAAGGGUGGGAUAUGGCAUGAAUUUACUGGGUACACAGGAAUAACACCUGAGUCCUCAGGAAUGGUAACGCAAAAUGUAUAACAGUAAAUGUAUGAACAAUAACAAAAAUUAUUUAAUGAAAAUUGUGUAGUUUUAUAUAUAUAAGUCCAAAUUCAAACUGAAUAGCAUACUUACUUAUUCCUUUAAUUUAAAUGAUUUUAACCAUCAUCAUUGGAAUGUUUUUAGGGGUUCUACACAAGUAUGAUGGUUGAUUUUUAUUUUCUAAAUAAAAUUAUAAAAGUAGUAAUUAUGAAAUGAUUUUUAAUUCAUUAUUUACUAAAAUUUUUCUUUUUCUUCCCAUUGAAAUCACAUAUUACUGCCUCAGUUUCAUUUUCAGUCUGA